CUGAACGCCUCUUUUUUCUCCGUUACUUUUUGGUUUCUCUGCUCCAAAUCUUUUAGCUCAGGAGAUGCAAGCCGGUACCCUCUUUUACCCUCCUCUACAUAACCCAAAUCCUAAACCCUGCUCUUGCUACUUUUCAACAUUCUUCAACAAACCACCACCACUGUCUUCAACUCGCUUUCACAUUUCUCAUUUCCCUCCUAAAAUGCAAGCCAGAACCCACUUUUAUCCUCCUCUACAUAAACCAAAUCUUAAACCCUGCUCUUGCUACUUUUCAACGUUCUUCAACAAACCACCACCACCACCACUGUCUUCACCUCGCUUUCACAUUUCUCAUUUCUCUCCUAAAAACCAUCUGAACUGUUUCGUUACAAACUGCAUUGCUCCUAACCAAGAACUAUCCCAUUUCAAGGCUGAAAUCACUGAACAAAAUGAUGAUUUUGAAAAUAUUAUCUCUACGAAUUCAACGCCCGACCAAGGAGAUGAAAAAGAAGAAGAGGAAAGCUUGGAAAAUCAGAGUUUAUGGAACCAAAUGAAGGAAAUAGUUAUGUUCACGGGACCCGCAACUGGGCUUUGGAUUUGUGGGCCAUUGAUGAGUCUCAUUGAUACUGCCGUCAUUGGUCAGGGAAGCUCAAUUGAGCUUGCUGCUUUAGGCCCUGGAACGGUUCUUUGUGAUUAUAUGAGUUAUGUAUUUAUGUUCCUUUCUGUUGCGACAUCAAAUAUGGUUGCCACUUCCCUUGCCAGAGAGGAUAAAAAUGAAGUGCAGCAUCAAAUAUCUGUCUUGCUUUUUCUUGGUUUGACUGGUGGCUUGUUCAUGCUGUUCUUUACAAAAUUCUUUGGUUCAUGGGCACUAACUGCUUUUACAGGGCUGAAUAAUGCACAUAUUGUACCAGCAGCAAAUACAUAUGUUCAGAUUCGUGGCUUGGCAUGGCCUGCAGUUCUUGUUGGAUGGGUUGCUCAAAGUGCAAGUCUUGGCAUGAAAGAUUCCUGGGGACCUUUGAAGGCCUUGGCAGUUGCCAGCGCUAUAAAUGGAAUUGGAGAUAUAGUUUUGUGCAGCUUAUUAGGCUAUGGCAUAGCUGGUGCUGCUUGGGCAACGAUGGUGUCACAAGUUGUUGCUGCUUACAUGAUGAUCAAUUCUCUAAACAAGAAAGGAUAUAAUGCAUUUGCCAUCUCCACUCCAUCUCCCAAUGACCUUCUAACAAUUUUUGGGCUUGCUGCCCCAGUGUUUGUGAUGAUGAUGGCAAAGGUAGCUUUCUAUGCUCUCCUUAUCUAUUUUGCGACAAAUAUGGGCACACACACUGUGGCUGCUCAUCAGGUCAUGAUUCAAACCUACUGCAUGUGCACUGUGUGGGGUGAGCCUCUCUCCCAAACUGCACAGUCAUUUAUGCCAGAAUUGCUAUAUGGAAUUAACAAAAGUUUACCAAAGGCUCGAAUGCUGCUAAAGUCCCUUGUUAUCAUUGGAGCUAGCCUAGGACUUCUAUUGGGUAUAGUUGGAACAUCAGUUCCUUGGCUGUUUCCCAAUAUCUUCACAUCUGACCAGAAGGUCGUACAAGAGAUGCACAAAGUGCUGGCACCUUACUUUAUUGCACUAGCAGUGACACCAGCCACUCACAGCCUUGAGGGGACAUUGUUGGCAAGGCGAGAUCUUAAAUUUGUUAGCUUAUCAAUGAGUGGAUGCUUUUCUUUGGGUGCUGUCGUACUACUGCUGGUAAGCAGCGGAGGGUAUGGCUUGCGAGGUUGCUGGUAUACCCUCUUAGGAUUUCAAUGGGGUCGAUUUUUCCUCUCUCUCCAACGCCUUCUUUCACCUCAUGGCAUACUUUUCUCUGAAGAUUUGAACAAGUAUAGGCAGGAGAAGCUAAAAGCUGCCUAGUUUAUCAUUGUUAUGAGAUGCAUCAGAGGUACAAUCAGCUGCCCUUUGCUGGAGAAUCAAAUUCCUCAGUUCUCACCUCUUAACUUGGAUUGAGUUACUGCAGAAUCAGCCUGUUCAUUUUAUCGUUGGCCACUGAGGAUUAGGUCCUCAUGAUUCUUUUAUGCCUCCGAUGAGGCUUUGAGGUUCCUUUCUCUUUUAUUUCAACAGCAAAUUGUAAUUGCGAAAUCUUAAUUCUCAUUACUGCAUGGUAUCAACCCACACGGAAUUCCAAACCCACUUGUUAAGUGCAGCUGAUUUUGAUGCCUGCUACAUUUUCAAUGGAGUUAUCAACGGUUACCAGGUAAA